AUGGCUGUCGGAGAAACCCCUGAGGGAACAAACGCCCUGGGCCCAAAAGCGGAUCCUGCACAGGCGAAUGGCUCCUGUGGCUAUCCGGACGUCUCGACAGAGCUGAUCAAGCAUGAUUCGAACAUGGGGGUAGACGCGGCAAAGACCCUGACAGCUGCCCCGAAGGAAAUCUUGAAUCCGGAUGCCAAGGAUGCCGACAAGACGAAGUGCCCCAAGGUGUACCCAGAUGUGUCCAUGCAGGCUGGUAAGGUCGGCACAAGUGAGCCAGAAGCUGCAGAAGUUGAUGCCAAGCAAGACGCUACUGGUGAACCGCCGGCAGAUGCCGCAUUGAAUCGCCAAGAUGCCAAGACCUGUCGCGGAGAAGCAAGCCCUCCCGCAGAUUCCCUCCGCAGAGGCCAACAGGAAAGCCAGCUGUCCGCGUGCUUCAAUCUUCCAGACGUGACGGAGACUUUGGGGGCCGCGUGCUGCGACCCAGCACUCCUCGCGCGGUUGGGGAUGGCUGAUGCCUCCUUGCACCGCAUCAUCCUAUCGCGCAGCUUUGCCGAACGGCGAGCGCAGGACUUCUGCGAGAACGGCAUGACUUGGGCAGCUGGGUGUACCAGCCUUGAGCAGCUGCAGGUGGGCAUCAAAGUUUCGGAAGUCUGCUCGUCAGACAGCCUGAACCACUUGUACUUCGAAUACGGAGGCGGUGUCAAUUUGCUAGAAGAGACCAAGCAGCUUGUCCAUGCGGCAGCUCUGUUCGUUCAAAAGCAUCCUCGGCUGCGGCUGCACGUGGAUGCACACGCUGGCGUUGGGGCACCAAGAGGGAUUGCAACCAGCACUUCCCGCCGACGAGCACAGUGUGUGGUUCAAGAACUCAUGGUACUUGGAGUUGAAGCCGAGGCUGUGUCAACCACUUCCUGGGGAAGGAAGGUUGCCAGUGUUUGGACCGAGCCCGAGGGAAGUGCAGCCGCACGGGCUGAGCUCUACUUUCGCUUGGAUGGCAAGGAGUUCCCUACUCGUCCUGAGCACUACCAAGAGGUUCCGGAGACGAAGCGACCAGCCCCAGACGAUGCUGACGCUGAUGCAGGAGACUCCUCUGAUUCCGACGACCAUCCGAAUGUGAGACGGCACCGCAUGCUUGCCAUGCUAAGGGCCUUGGGAUAUCCAGUGCAAAUUGUCUACCGCAAUCCAGAGAACGUUCCUCUCCUGGCCAGGCAGGAAACCUCGUCCUCCGAUCAGGAGACGGAGAGUUGA